AACGAGACAGUGUUCUACAACAACAAUGAGUCGUUUUCGAACGACACUUUCUGGCCCAACGCGACCUACCCGCCGUACCUAGGCGCGUACACUACACUGUUUAUGCUGGAGUACUCGGUGCCGGUUCUGACCGUGGCGACUCUCACGGUCCUACUGGGCACCACCGGGAACGUCCUGGUGAUCUUCUCGGUGUGCCGGUACCGGCGGCUCCGCAGCAGCAUCAGCUACUACCUGGUGAGUUUGGCCACGGCCGACCUGUUCCUGUGCUGCGUCUUCACGCCGCUGAAGACGGCGGAGUACUUCCUGCCGGAGUGGCCGUUCGGCGCCGUGAUGUGUAAGGCUGUGGCGUACAUCCACCUCCUGGUCAUGAGCAGCUCCGUACUCACACUCACCGCCAUCGCGUAUGAACGAAACUACAUCAUCGUGUACCCGAUGAAGGCCAAGAGCGAAUGCACCAUGAGCCGAACCCGCCGAGUCAUCGCGAUGAUCUGGAUAACUUCACUGAUUCUGUGCGCCCCUGUGCUGUAUGGACAGCAACUGAACCGGUAUGAGUGGCCCGUGUACACGGCCUACCACUGCCAGAAGGGCUGGCCCCGCCGAAUCUACUCCCGGAUAUACGCCAUCUACGUCCCCAUCUUCCUCUUCUUCAUCCCCGUCAUUGUCAUGGUGGCCGCUUACGGCAGGGCGUCCUUCGAGCUGUGGGCCAGCGAAGAGGUGAGUACUUGCUGUGGCCUUAUCAGAGAACACAAUCUGCUCCCUCAGGUGAUGAAGAUGUUGCUGAUGGUGGUGUUCCUGUACACCAUGUGCUGGACGCCCAUCCUCCUCCUCAACAUGCUGAUUGAGUUCUCUGCCGUCAACAAACACACGGAACAGGUCUGGGCUCUUGAAACCACCUUCGAGCUGUUGGUUUACAUCAACAGUUGCGUCAACCCCAUCUGCUACGCCUUCAUGUCGCGUCACUUCCGGGACGGCUUCCGGAAGGCCUGCCUGUCGUGCUUCUGCGGGCGCCGCCUGGCGGCAAAGUUGCAACUGCAGGGCCGCCCUCACCUGAAGUUCCAGCACAGCGGGGCCACCAGCAGCACCGGCUCAGAGACGUUCCACUCCUUCUGACUAAGGCAAGAACUGCAGAACAUGCUGCCGCUCAUGACGCGACCAGCCGUGCCAAACGACCUCCUGGAGAUGAGAGAACUGAAACAAAGGAAGAGCACCAGGACUCAAGGGCGGACCACAACUGUCAUGGCGCUCUCGCCGUCUUUGCCCUGUCGGAGGGGUACGCCCUGCACGCAUAGACGUCAUCAAGUGAAGUCCAAAAACGUAGCGAUAGCUGUUCACAACACACAAACUAGAUAGCCUAACGAUAGCUGUUCACAGCACACAGACUAGAUAGCCUAUAGUAGUUGGCGCAAACAUGGGGAAGAAAGCAUCUGUCCUUGGUGCUGAAAACUGUGUACGGCGGAAACAGAAAGUGUCAAUAAA